AUGGCGUCGCCGCGCCGCAUUCCCUCCGUGCCUGCCGGAUCCGGCAACAAAGAGAAUAUUUCUCAAGAUGGAGAUGCUCCCUUGGAUUUUGCAACCUUGCCUAAAGAAGGGUCUGCCUCUACAAGGUGGAAGAAGAAGCCUGCAGGUUUCAACUUGAGGAAAAGCAUUGCCUGGAACCCUGCUUUUUUCACUGAAGAAGGUGUUUUGGAUAAUUCGGAGCUUUCUGUGCUUACUGGCUCCCAACCGAUGGCAAAUAGGAGCCUUGGCUCAGGGAAGAAAGUACCAAACUCAUCUGCUUCUACAGCUCAGAUGUCAAGAAUACCAAAGCAAUCACGACCUUCUCUUCCUAAGGUCCCAAGAAGUACUUCAUCUGCGACAAACAGUUUGGAAUCACACACAAAAAUAGCUCCAGUUAAAGCUGAGCUAGUUCACAGAGUAACUGGAUUGCCUACUAGAUUGAAGAUCAAUUCUGUAUCUUCUGGACCUAGCAUAGAGAAGGAUGCGGUGCCUGCUGUUACUGGAGUACGUGAAGAAGCCAGUGCUUCUGUGAAAUGCAAAAAAAAUCCAGCACACCCACAAAUUAGUCCAUCCAGCCCCUUUGAUAGCGCUGCGUCAAAAUUUGCUAAGCUAUCAGCACUUCGAAUGCCUUCACCUUCAGUUGGUUUUUUCAAUCAGGAAAAAGUGCUUGUGUCACACGGUGAUGCAGCUAAAAGAAACAUGGGGAGGUGCUUCUCUUCAAAUACUUCAGCGCUUGAUAAACCACCCAGAUACAGGCAGUCUGAGGAAAGCAGACCCCACCUAACAAAGCAGCUGUCAACCAAUUGCACUGCUGCUUCCAAUCUUGUGCCAUCUGUGACUAGAGAGAGCAAUCUCAAAUCUUUGGUGAUUCCAGAAAAGGAAUCGUUGUCAAAAGUUAUUACUACAUACAUAGAAAAACCUGGAAAUGUAAAUAAUCAAGCAAGGCCAAAGGCUGAUUUCUCAUUGGCAGGAACUGGAGCUACUACUACUCCACAGCCAAUGAAUUUAGAAAAGAAUGAUGAUGCCGGAAAUAGUGUGCCACUGCCAGUUGUGUACAAUGGGACAUCGCAUAUAGAAGGAAGGGGCGGUAUCAGAGAGAUUGAACCUCUUGAUAAUUCCUACUCUCUUGAAGCUAUUUGUUCCUCAACCAUUGAACCUGUUGAGGAUUCGUUCCCUCUUCAAGCUAGUUAUUCCUCAACCAAACCUAUUGUAGGGAGUAAAUUGUCACCCUCUUGCAUUUCUUCUGAAGUAUGCUCCUCUAGUGAGCUUAGUUGUCAAGGCAAGUCAGACAGUGAUUCCAGUGCAGCAAUUGACUUGGAAAACUCUAAUGUUGGAGAGACUGCACUUGGAGCUUUUUUGUUGAAAGGUAGCAGUUGCACUCCAACUCUUGAUUUGUUGCAAGGAUUUUAUUCCUUUGAUCACCAGAAUAUUGAAUGUCCUAUGCUAAUGGAAUCAUUAUCUACAAUAUGUGCAGAUCAGUUGCCACAUUGUGGCAGUUUAAGAGAUGAAACGCCAACCCUAGCUGACAGUCAUUCAGAUUUGAAUGAUUCUUUGUGUGAUGAAGCUAAACCAGCUUUGUCAGAAGAACCAAAUACUGAAGGUGAAAUGGAGCUUGAAACAAACAGUACAUUAGAUGUAAAGGCAACUCCUUUGUUAGAUGUGGGGUGUGGGCUUAUUCACAAUUAUAGGACCACAGAUUGUUCUCCUAUGAAAUUGGAAGCUUCUACACCUUGUGUGGAAAGACGGCAUGCUUUAUUAGUAGAACCAAAUAUUGAAGAAAAAAUGGUGCUUGACACAGACAGAUUGUCAGCUAUACAGGAUGCACCACAUAUAGAAAAGAACAAGGCACCAGACAGAUCACCAGCAAAUACAAUCCUUAAAGAUCAUCUGAAGAACUUGGUACCAUUUACAGAAGAAUGGCUUGCUGUAAUGGAGGCUCAUGGGCAGGAAGUUUUGGAACAAAAGACUGGUGCUGUGCAAAAUUCUCCUCCUGACAAAACAGCUCCAGAACCCAGUCCUUGGUCGCCGGUUAAACGGAAAGCACAAGAUGUUGGACCAUUUGACUGUACCAAGUUCUCCAAAAACAUCCGAACCUCUGGUACCUGA